AGUAGACAAAAAUGCGCAAAAAAGGUUUGUCCAUUUCUGCGCUUUUAAAGGAAAAGGAAUACUUGAUGCACCUUCCAAUUCUUCUGUUUUUCACGUUGGCAGGAAGCCUCGGUGCCGAUUUCCCAUAUUGCCCGAGCCCAGUACAGAAGUACGCAUUUGAAUGUUUCACCGACUACAACACUCAGAUGUUAAACAUGAAGAAAAGCAGCGCCACCCUAUUGUCAGGGGUGGACGUAGAAAUAUUGCGGGCUUUCUGCAGUUCCUACAAUACGGCCGUAGCCUGCAUCGGGAAUAUUAAGGAAGUAUGCCCCAAGUCUCUCCACCGGAAGAUAGAGGCUACACAGAUGAACCUGGAGGGCGCCCAUUCUGAGCUCUCAGAGCUCUGCUCCGACGACAGUAUUUAUGAACGUUACGCCCGCUAUAUGGCUUGUUUCCGGGAAUUCGGGCCAUACUCGGAGAGCUGCUUUAAAAGGGAGAUGAAAUCCCAACUUCGACUGAUGCAGUGGAUAAGCGAGGACGAUAUAUAUCAGUUAUGUAGAGAUCUAGCCCAAACCUUGGAUUGCAUUACCUCCACAAUAACCAUCGAGUGUGGACCGGAAGCUGCGCAACUUGUACCCGUUCUUGUAAAGCCCAUGGUUAAGAAAAGCUCAAAGUGUGACGUAAUAUCUACAACGAUAUUUGAAGUAUCUCCUACCACGGCAAAGCGGCGUAGGCCGUACAGACAGAAAACUAGCACCCCAAUAUCCAGCUUAGUAACUUCGCAAGAAAAGGAUAACUCAUUGCACAGUCACGUUAUAUAUGCGAACACUCAAGACAAAAAUAAAGCCUCAUCUCUCAGUUGUUGUGUAAUAGUUAUGUGUUUGACGUUUGUUUCCCUACAAUACUUAAAAAUUUAGCCACUUCUUUCUGCAAAUUGACUAAGUGUAAAAAGGUUAACAACUUA